AUAGUUGCUCUACAACACUUCUGGAUUUUAACGUUGGUUAAAUAAUAGUGGUACUUGGAGAGCCAAAUAUUUUCAGAGGUGAUACUUCGUGUAAAACGUCUGAGAACCACUGACCUAGAUGGAUGUCUAGAAAUUAAUCUCAGGAUAAUAAUUGUAAACACAUGAGCAAAAAGAUAUAUCAUCAAGUUUGUUUUGAUGAUAUCCCGAGAAGAGCUGUGGUCUUUAUGCAAAAUAAGCCAGAUAUGUCUUCUGAGACAUGUUACAUGGUAUAAAAAUACAAGCGCAUACUGGUUACCCAAAGCUCCUCUAAAACAACAGAAGCAGCACCAUCUGAAGUAAGUAACUAGUUUAUUCAGGGAAAAUUCUUAGAUGGUCCUUAUAAGAAAUAUCCCUGAUGGUAUGGCAAUGACAGGGUUGAUAUCCAUAGCUGAUAACUUGUUAGAUUUUUUAAAAGUACUAAAACAUCUACCGUCUAGUAAUUUUUAUUUGUAUACUGUUUGUGAAAUGAAUUCAAAGCAGCUUUAGAAAAAAACACACUGCUUUGUCAUUAAUUCUGUUAAAAACCCUGUUCAGAAUCAUUUUUUAAUGAUGUUUUUGUCUUUAGGACUCCAGUGAUCAAGCUGAAGGGGAACUGUGGCAAGAGACAAUCAAAGGUCAAUAAAGGCAUUCAGUGUUAAUGGAAAACAUAACAUAUUUUUACUUAAUGUUGUUUGAAAAUCUUGGGCAUAUAAGAUAUGCUUUGUUCAGUUUGGGGUUUGUUUUAUACUGUGUGGUCAUAAUCCUAAAUGUCCUUAUUAUUCUUGCAAUAUGUCUGGAAAGGACUUUACACCAGCCCAUGUACAUUCUGAUUUCAUGUAUGUCCUUUAACUCUUUGUAUGGUACAGCUGCCUUUUUUCCAAGGGUGUUGUCAGACUUGCUGUCUGAUACAAACAUAAUCUCCCCUGAAGCAUGCAUCAUCCAGAGUUUUGUCAUUUUCUCAUAUAUAACAAAUGAGUUUGUAAUAUUAAUGUUAAUGGCAUUUGAUAGAUUUGUUGCUAUCAGUAAACCUUUACAUUACCAUAACAUAAUUACUUUGAGGGUACUAACUGUUUUAAUUUUUAUACCCUGGAUUUUUCCAAUGCUUUGUAUUAGUGUCACGGGUCUUUUAACUGCCAGACUGACAAUGUGUGGUAACAAACUGUGGAAGGUGUACUGUCACAAUUAUGAAAUUGUUAAGCUCUCUUGUGCAAAUAGUUUAAUUAUUAAUGUUUUGGGUCUCUUCAUAUUGAUUAUAACUGCUGUUAUCCCAUUAUGUUUAAUAUUAUAUUCUUAUGUUAAAAUUCUUAUCAUUUGUCGAAGAAGCUCAUCACAAUUCAGAAGCAAAGCUUAUCAAACUUGUAUUCCACACAUUGUAAAUCUUUUAAAUUUCUCAGUUGGCAUUAUUUUAGAAAUAACUUUAAGUCGGCUUGUGAAUUUAGAAAUGCCAACAGGGCUGUUAGUCAUUUUUUCACUGGAGUUUCUUGUUGUACCACCAAUCCUUAACCCUCUUGUUUAUGCUUUAAACUUUACUGAUAUUCGCAAAAAAAUAAUUUGCUUUAUAAAGGUCUCCAGGUAGA